GCUGCAUGUAUGUAUGUAUGUAUGUAUGUAUGUAUGUGACACACACAGACUUUCUAAGACUGAACUCACCAGCUGCUCUUCCCCCGCUGUAGAUCUCCUCUGCUGCUUGUGGUUACGGCUUCACUCUCAUCGCUUCGCCGACCAAAGAUGUGAUCAAGCUGUGGGGCAUGGGCCUGAACAAGGACUCUCAGCUGGGCUUCCAGCGCACACAGCACAGCCGCCAUCAGAGCUACGACUACGUGUUGGAACCCUCCCCUGUGGCUCUGCCUCUUGUCGAGCGUCUGCAGACCAAAGUGGUUCAGGUUGCAUGCGGCCGUGCUCACUCUCUCGUCCUCACCGACCAGGAGGGAGUUUUCAGUAUGGGCAACAAUGCGUAUGGCCAGUGUGGGAGGAGGAUAGUUGAAGAUGAAGUUUACAGCGGCAGUCACAUCAUUCACAAGAUAGACGGCUUCGACAGCAGGGUCACCCAGGUGGCAUGUGGACAGGACCACAGCCUCUUCCUCACUGAGACGGGGAAGGUGUUUUCGUGUGGAUGGGGAGCAGAUGGACAGACGGGUCUGGGGCACCACAACGUCAGCCCCUGUCCGGUGGAGGUUGGGGGGGAUCUGUCCGGGGUGGAGGUGCAGCAGAUCAUCACGUACGGAGACUGCAGCCUGGCCGUGUCCACGGACGGACGGCUGUACGGAUGGGGCAACUCUGAAUACCUGCAGCUGGCCUCGGUCACUGAGUCCACACAGAUCAACUCUCCUCGUCUUCUUCCUCUGGUCGGCUGUGGAAAGGUGGUCCAGGCAGCAUGUGGAGGCACGCAGGUGGUCGUUCUCAACGAGAGAGGAGAGGUGUUCGUUUGGGGCUAUGGCAUUCUGGGAAAAGGCCCAAAACUCUCUGAAUCCUCGACCCCGGAGAUGAUUCCCUCCGCUCUGUUUGGACGCUCAGAGUUUAACCCCUUGGUAGCCGUCACCAGCGUGCGGUGUGGCCUCAACCAUUUCGCUGCAGUGACGGAUCGAGGCGAGCUCUUCGUUUGGGGGAAGAAUGUGAGAGGUUGUUUGGGCAUCGGCAAGAGAGACGACCAGUACUUCCCGUGGAGGGUAAGACGACACCGAUUCAAUAUUAGUCUUCAAACAAAAGAGGCCGUGCAGCUGAAAGGAGCACAGCUGAUCUGUGGGCACGGAAUACAACGGGUUUCACCGUUUCUUUAUUCUUGUGUGUGGAGUUGUUCCCAUAGAUCGGGUAUAGACGAGUCUAUGCACCGAUAACACGUAAUCGUAUCAUUUAUCAGCUCAUUUAUGUCACACAGGAAGAGGAACAACCGGAUCGAUACUGAGCACGUGCAACUCUAAGCUACUUCCAUCAUCAGUUAUUUUAAAGUCACUGCUCAUAACUCAUUUUUACAGACGGGCUUUUAUGUGAUGUCUUCUUUUUACUGCUUUAUUUUAUUAUUGUUAUAAUUUUUUUUAUUUGUCUUAUUUCUUAGUUCUUAUAGUAUCGAUUGGUUUAACUCUUUCAUGUGUUGCUCUGUUUUAACAGGGUUUAGCUUUUACCUUAGUUUGUCUUUAUUGUGUUGGGCCUCACUGUUGUUUUGUUGCUUUUGCACUUUGUAAACUCUGUUUGAAAGGUGCGAUAUAAAUAAUAUUAUUAUCAGCUCCAGAAAAAACGAGUGAACCGUCGCGCUUCUUUCUCAUCUCUGGAGAGUUUGCACAUGCUCAGUACCGAUCUGGCAGGUGUUAGCAGAGAGUGUAACGUUAGCGUGAGCUAGCAACACAGAGGAAAAUCCCACCAGUGAAACGGCGACGUUUACAGAAUGCAAGGCUUAAGUUACGAGGGGUAGUUUAUAUUCCGUAAAAGGUAAAUAGCAUACAGCAUAUAACAUAUAUUUACUGAAUGAACAUCAUGCUGUAUUGAAGAAGACUUUAAACU